GCGGAGCGAGCGCCUCAAAUGCUCGGGUUUCUCAGCUGAUUGUCUCCAGCCGAGAGUUGUUUUUUGCAGCUACCGAGCCGAGCCGCAGCAGGAGGAGCCGAGACCCCCCGGGGGGGCGGGGAGAGGAGGCGGGGUCCGGGGAGCCGCGGCUGCUCUGCGCGGGGCUCCGGGUCCUGUCACGGCGCUUCCUGGGGUUGGAGGUUGGGGUGGGUGGGGGGUAAGGGGGAAAUCUUUCUCCCCCUCGACGACGGCUCUGAGUCCGGCCCCUUCCUUCCCGCGCUCUCUCUCCUGACCCCAGCCCCCUCAUGAGGGUGUCCGUGCCGGGUCCGGCUGCCGGCCGCGAGCCCUCGACGCCCGGAGGCGGAGGCGGAGGCGCCGUCGCUGCCGCCUCAGGCGCCGCGGUGCCGGGCUCAGUGCAGUUGGCUCUGAGCAUCCUGCACGCCCUGCUCUACGCCGCGCUCUUCGCCUUUGCCUACCUGCAGCUGUGGCGGCUGCUCCUGUACCGGGAGCGGCGGCUGAGUUACCAGAGCCUCUGCCUCUUCCUCUGUCUCCUGUGGGCAGCGCUCAGGACCACCCUCUUCUCCGCCGCCUUCUCUCUCAGCGGCUCCCUGCCCCUGCUCCGGCCGCCCGCUCACCUGCACUUCUUCCCCCACUGGCUGCUCUACUGCUUCCCCUCCUGUCUCCAGUUCUCCACGCUCUGUCUCCUCAACCUCUACCUGGCGGAGGUUAUAUGUAAAGUCAGAUGUGCCACUGAACUUGACAAACACAAAAUUCUGUUGCAUUUGGGCUUUAUAUUGGCAAGCCUUCUUUUUUUAGUGGUGAACUUGACUUGUGCAAUGCUAGUCCACGGAGAUGUCCCAGAAAAUCAGUUGAAAUGGACUGUGUUUGUUCGCGCAUUAGUUAAUGAUAGCCUGUUUAUUCUUUGUGCCAUCUCUUUAGUUAGUUACAUAUGCAAAAUUACAAAAAUGUCAUCAGCAAAUGUCUACCUCGAAUCAAAGGGUAUGUCUCUGUGCCAGACUGUUGUCGUAGGCUCUGUAGUCAUUCUUCUCUACUCUUCGAGAGCUUGUUAUAAUUUGGUGGUGAUCACCAUAUCUCAGGAUACAUUAGAAAGUCCAUUUAAUUAUGGCUGGGAUAAUCUUUCAGAUAAGGCUCAUCUAGAAGACAUAAGUGGAGAAGAGUAUAUAGUAUUUGGAAUGGUCCUCUUUCUGUGGGAACAUGUACCAGCAUGGUCAGUGGUACUCUUUUUCCGGGCGCAGAGAUUAAACCAGAAUUUGGCACCUGCUGGCAUGAUAAAUAGUCACAAUUACAGUUCCAGAGCUUACUUUUUCGACAAUCCAAGACGAUACGAUAGUGAUGAUGACUUGCCAAGACUGGGAAGUUCAAGAGAAGGAAGUUUAUCGAAUUCGCAAGGUUUGGGCUGGUAUGGCACCAUGACUGGGUGUGGCAGCAACAGUUACACAGUUUCUCCCCACCUGAAUGGACCUGUGACAGAUACUGCUCCAUUGCUGUUUACUUGUAGCAACUUAGAUAUGAGCAAUCACCAUAGCUUGUAUGUAACACCACAAAACUGAAAGCAUUACCGAGAUGUGAUUCCGCCAUUGUCUUACAUGAACGUGUAUAAUCGAUGUGUUUAAAUUCCACCUACAUAAACAUUCCAUUAUCUGUCGCAACUGAAAACAAAGCCUGGAAAUGUGGCUGUGUUCAGCAGAGGACACACCUGUUACUUUUGACUUCAUAGCAAAACGAAGUAAAAUGGGAAGUGUGGAGUGGGAGAAAAGGUUUAGAUCUUAAGGCACUUGAUGGCUGCAAACACCCUGACUCUGGAACAUCACAUGCAUAUUUGCAUAUUUGCACUUUUAUCUUUGUCCUGAAAGAGUACACCGCGGUCCCCAAAGUCACACUCCAGUGUUCACACUAGGAUAUUAACACUGUACACCUAAUUUGGAGGCAAUUUUCCUAUGAAAAAUCAAAGCCUGUAUAUUCAGUGGUGUAUUCUAUGCAGAAUUCUUACCCAAUAAAAAUUUUACAGUGUGAACAGUGCACAGGAUUAAGGCGUAACAAUGUAUCAUUCUUUUUUAAAAUCUAAAAUAUAUGUAAUCAUUGAAGAUAGUUCUUUUAAGCAUGAUUGUAAAAUACCAACUGAAAUUAUUCAAUCGUUUUUUUUUUAAACGACCAUAGAAUCCUUUUCAGUGAUGACUGGCAGUGUUCUUUGGAAAGCCACAGGCAUUUCUUCAAGAAAGUAUACCGGUGAGAAUUAUGUGGCUAUUUUGAGUAGAAUUGGUCAAGUGAUUAUUUUGUAUGAUUAAGAUAUCUGUAGUAGUUUAAGCAUGAUUCUUCAAGAAAGCAAUAGUGAUUUUUGCAUAGGGAGAUUUUGGUAGAAACUUCUUGGGACUAAACAAGUUUACAGAUGCAUUUAAGAAUUAUCCAUAAAAUGUACGAUUCUAAGUUAAAACAUGAGUACAUUUUCAAAGCAUUGGGUUUAGCUGAACAAGAUAUAGCUGAUUGUACCUAUUGAAUCAGAAUUGUCCUCAGGUAAAUUAAAUCAUGAUACAUUAUUGCAGUAAACUCAAGUGCAAUACUUCGUAAGACAUAUAAUUCCUCCUUUAGUUUUCCCGUUUUUAUAUCUUAUAAAUGGGCAAAGCCAGAUCAAAUUUAAUUCAAAUUAAUUCCAGCACUGAAUAAGCAAACUGACGCAAAGGUACUAACUAGGUAAGUUUAACAAUAUUGAAAUACUUCUAGAAUUAUAUUAAAACUGUCUUGAAUGUCCUAUCCCAAAUCUAAAAAUAUAUAUAUAUGAUAGGCUAAGGUAAUAAAGGAUUUUAAAAUGCACUUUCUACCAGUAUCUAUACAGAAAGAAGUAGAUGCUGAAUACCUCAAGAUGCCAAGGGAACAGGCAACAUUGGGAAGUUGUCACAACAUGCUUAAGGACGACCAGCUACGUAAAAUUGUCUGCUGAUCUGUUUCUUCAGAACUGAACUAAUACAACUGUCCUUUUCUGUCUUCUACUUUGAUUAGAAAGUUAUGUUUUAUUUGUACUCUUAAUAUACAUUUCGAUGGAAAAAAAACACCAUUCAAUGUUUUAAUAAUUGCUUAUUUAGUAACUUCACAAAAGUUUAACAGGAACAAAUGAAAUUUUUAAUACUUUCACUCUUUUGAAAGGCUGGUACAUAGCCAAAGAAAUUCCUUCUUUUUAUCAUACAAAAUGACUUUGAACUCAAUCAGAAGCAUAAACCUACAGGUAUGUUACUUUGGGUUUGUUUGUAAGUUCUCUUGUUGUAACCAAAUUCUUUAAAAAUGUAUAGUACAGAAGUUAACCUUAGUUUUUACAUGACAACGUAACAUGCACUUAACUGAGUAUAUUUUGAGGACAACUUCAGUUACUACAUUUCUUUUCAGAAACUAUUUAUUUUCCUAAUAAUGUUGGGUGUCUACCUAGAACUAUCUGAAAAGAUAUGUUAUCUCUGUGACUCCUUGGGGUUCAAAGUAAAUAAGGUACAUUUUUUCUAAGGCCUCCCUAGGUAGUUUUCCUAUUUGACCAGAUAAGCAAAGAUUACUUUAAAAAAAAAAAAAAUUCCAGGUAAAAUAUCUUGGUUCUUUCAGCUGCAUUUGUGGAUUCUUCCAAAUUUCAGAUUUGUAUAUUUCUUCUUAUCCCUAACUAGGGUACCUGAAUUCUUACAUUUGUCUCCUUAUACACAUCUCCCAUAAUACAUCACCAAAGACAAAGAAAGAUAAGCUUCUGGCCCAAUAUUUGCUUAAAAAUUCCAAAGCACUAGGAGCACUUUAAGUUUGGUCUCGAAAGGAGUUGAUGAAAUCAAAGGGCUACCGAUUCCCUGCUCAUCCUGCACUGAAGCACAUGAUGACAAUUUCAGACCUUUUUCGGUUAAUUAGAAUGGUGAAUUUCAUUGCUUAAGUGUGUAACUCUACAGUGAUUAGCAGUACUUGUUUUUAUUGUUUCAUUUGGGUGGUCAUUAAUUUUGAGACUCUUACCACUCAUUAUAGCUGGUUGUAGUUUUAUGAAAGAUGUAAUUUAUAGUUAAAGUGGCUUUUUUAUGCAUAGCUGCCUUUUUUAUUGUUUAACAGUGUUUCUCAGCUAUACAGUCAGUUUCAAACUGGUCAUAAAAGUAUAGCUGUGGCCAAUGAAUGUAUUUAUUUGUUGUUUCACUAAAUGGUAACAAAACACUACUGUUAAAAAUAAAAGUGUUUGUGCUUUUAUUUGGUGCUCUGGUUUGCUUAAAAUGUCUCCAUUGACAACCCUGAGUUUCUAGCAUACCCAGGGAAGAACCCUAGUGCUACCAAAGAAAAGACAAAAAUAUCAGGAAUUACAAAUGACAGUUUGUUGUUAGUGAGCUUAUAUUUACAUCUGGACAUUAUGUCCCUCAAUGUUAUACAGAUUUUGUGUGAAUUUGCACCUUAGUUUAAAAUAUCAGUAUGAUUUUGAUAGUACAUUUAUUCCAACAUUAAGCUAAGAAAAAAUAUUUGUAAUGAAGUGACUUAGAACACAGCUCUCCUUCUCCUUCAAUUUUAAACAGGAAUAAAUUUAGCUAGGCCAUAAUGUUGGCCAGUUAUUCUUUGAUUAUUCGAGAAAUUCUUCAGUGAUGUUGUUGCCUUUUCCCCUCAAAGAAUAGUUCUUACCAUUUUUUCCAUAAUAGAUUUCAUAACUUCAUUCACUUCAUAACUUGCCAAAACCACACCAAAUUUUUAGCUUUACCGACCUUCCCCCAAUGUCACAAAUCCUUGGGAAUCUAUUGACUCUUGUUGUAAAGAAUAUUUGGAGUGAAGGUCUGACCUCUAGUACAAUAAAAUUGUCAUCUGAAAAGCAAUUUAUUCAACAAACAUUUAUUAAGUGUUCAUAUGCUAAAAAAUAUGCUAUGGAGAUGCAAAAGUGGGUAACGUUCCUUUUCCUGCCCUUAAGGAGCUCACAUUCUAGUAAAGGAGGCAUAAAAGAAAAUACAGUACAAUAAGUGACACAAUAGAGGUAGGUUGUAAUUACAGUGGUGACAAUUAGAGGCAAAUUAGAAGAUACUCCUUGAGUGGAGCAAGGGCGAUUUCACAGAGGCGGGCGUUAUGGUGGUCUGCAACAAGAAAUGGGCAUUUUCCAUGUAGGAAGGACAGCUAGAGCAUAUGAUGCAAAGAGAACAGCAUGCACCAAGGUGACCUGGCACAUUUGAAGAACUAUGUGUUUUAUCAAAGCAUGGUGGCUGGGGGCACGACUGGGUGACAUGUCAGAGGACCUUGUUUGAGUCUUCUAGAAAGCCUACUGUGACAGUACUGUGGGGUGUAUGGGAGAAGAUAGGCUGGGAACAGGGAAGCAGGCCAGUGUAGUGCUCUAGAUAAGAGCAAAGAAAAGGGAGAGACAGACAUCAGACAUGUGGAGAUCAACUCCACAGUGCUAACACACUAACCAGAUAGGGAAGGAUGCAGAGCAACGAGCCUGGAGAAUUUAGAUGAUGAUGGCUCUAAAAUUAACCAGAGUAAGGAUCACAGGCAUAAGAAUAGAUUUGCGGGGGGAAAUGAUGGUUUUAAGACCCACAGGUAUCUGUGGGACAACAGUAAAGACAUGUUAUAAACAGACGGAUUGAGAAGUCUGGACUAAUGGUAAGAACUUGGACAUCAUUGAGUCGUAACUACCCAAGAGGGAGAAGUAAGUGGUGGUCAAAGUCUGAGGAAUAACAUUUAAGGCAUAAAUGAAAAAAGCCUUAAAAAAGGACACAUCCAGGAGCCCAGGAGUGAAAUAUAAGGAACCUGAGGGAGGGGUAUAGGGGCAUAUCUUUAAAGAAGGGGGCUGCCCAACAGUAUCA